AUGCCCAAGAAAAAACCAUAUAAGGCGAUUAUAGAUAAAAAGAGCAAACGAACAAAAACACCAAACAAUAACAAUACCCCACCCACUGGUGACAUUGAUGAUAGAGAACAUUGUGAACAGUAUUUAUUUAGUGAACGUUUAUAUAGUAACAAAAAUAAUAUGAAUGUAGCUACUGAAACGAAUGAGAUGAACAAUCAAUCCCCUGAAAACAGUAUUACGAAACAGUUAUCACAGGCAAGGGAGACGUUGUACCCCACCACUACCAAUAAUCAACAAGAGGUGAACGAUCGUCAAAGUCCUCAAAUGGAUGCAAAUACAACAAAUAUACAAAGUCAAUCGAACAAUUACAAUGACUUCCCACAAAAUACUAUGAACAAUAAUAGCGACUUCUCGUAUAUGAUGUACCCCCCAUUUCCACCAUUUGUUAUGCCCCCAAUGCAACCAAGAAUGCAAACCCAACCACGAAACCAGACUCAAGCACAUACUGGGGCACCUGGGUACAAUAAUGAAAUCCCUCAUUGGCUGGCUGGCAUACUUCAAGAUAUUAACAAGAAGCUAGAUAUUAAAUUAAACAGUAUUGAGUCAAAAUUAGAAAAACAAAGUGAAGAAUGGAGAAUUACUAAUCAUACAUUGAAAGCUCAAAACGAUAGGCUCGCAAAAGUAGAAGCUCAGCAAAGUGACAUGAAAGGCUUGAGCAAUAACCUAAAACAAUCAAUACUCAGUAACUCAAUGAAGGUAUCAUCCAUUAAUACAGAAUUAAGUGAUAUACACAAAGAGAUUGAAGCAGGGUUAAACGCUGUUGAAUACUCGGAAGGGGCUGUAAAAUGCUUUAUGAAGGAAAAACUAAAUAUUAAGAAAAACAUCAAAAUUGAUAAGGCCUACAGACUAGGAAAAAGAUCAGUGUACCAAAUCCAACCAAGACCAAUAGUGAUAAAGCUAAUGUCUCUAAAAGACAAGGAAUACAUACAGCAUAUGGCUUACGACAAACUCAAAGAAACACAAUAUGCUGUAAGAGAGCAGUACCCAAGAGAGAUACAAGAAAGAAGAAAACCAUUAUACCAAGAGCUUAAAAAGGCAAAAGAAAAUGGUGACAAGGUAAAGUUAGUGAGAGAUAAGUUGUACAUAAACAAUGAAAGAUUUCACCCAAAUACUGAAACCAGAAACAGAAGGAGGCCUGACAAUGAAAAUAGACAAUCAAGGCCCAAAUACAAUUCCAAUGUCAAUAACCCACAGAAUGCAAGAUACAGAAUGGUAUACAAUAGUAGAAUGAAGGACCCAAUCACUGAGAUACCAUUAGUCCCAACCCCCAUCUCAAAUAGAUUUGACUGUUUAGACUCUUGCACACCUUUAAAUGAUCCCAUUAGAAAGAAGCCAGAUAAAAGAAGUGCUAGUCAAAGAUCCCCUCUUGACGCUGAGCCAUACCCAAAAAAAUACAGAGAUAUUAAUGUUAGCGAAAGCGAUACUAUACAGGAAAGUAAACUGGAUGAUUUAGAUAGAGUUAACAUUGAAGGGUACAACAUAUAUAUGUCAAACAGAGAAAAAACCUCCAAAAAUAGGUCAGGUGGUACUGCAUAUAUCAUCUCUCAAACAAUAGAACCAUCAGUUGAAAUUUUAGAUGUUACAAGUAAAUUGGUCCAAUGGCUAAAACUCACAUGCAAAAUUGAAGACAAUGUAAGAGAAUUAUAUAUUGGCAAUGUCUACAUACCCCCGAUUGGCACAAAAUACGAGAACCCUGACCCAUUUUUGGAGAUACAGGGCGAAAUAGACAAAUAUGAUAAGGAAAACAUUUUAUUGAUGGGAGAUUUUAACUCAAGAACCGGUGAUAAAGAUGACUUUAUAGUAUGUGAUGAAUAUAUUUUUGGCAUGUUUUGUAAUAAUGAAUUGUUUAUAGAUUACAAGAACUAA